GGUCUAGUUGCUCUCUUCAUAUGGUAUACACUGCUGUUAUUAGAAUUUUAUUCACAAUGUUUGGAUUUCCUUUACCCCUUGUCUGUGUAGCACCCUUGUUUUCCAUGUGUCAUGUCUUUUUAUUGGUUUAUUCAUUAGAGGAAAAAGACCGUAUUCUCUAGUAGCUUUUUGAGAAAGAGUAAAUGGGAAGUAUAUUUUGUGAAACUGUAUGUAUCUGAAAAUUAUCGUUGUAUAUUAGAUACUUGAUUGAUAGUUUGGCUAGGUAUAGAAACCUAGGUUGGAAAAUAUUUUUCUUCAGAAGUUUAAAAGCACUGUUCCAUUGUCUUCUUGCUUCUGUUACUGCUGAGAAAUCUGAAGCCAUUCUUAUUUGUGAUUUUCCCUUCACUGGCCGCUUGUAGAAUUUGUUAUUAGUCUUCAGUGUUUUGAAAUUUCACUGCAAUUCUUUGAUGUGGAUAUGUUUAUCAUUGUUUGCUGGAAUUCAUCAGGCCCUUUCAGUUUGGCAACUCUUGUUUUUCAGUCUUGGAAUUUUUUAUUAAGUGAUUUCAUUGGUGAUAGUUGUUUUCCAUUCUGUCAUUCCAAUGUGAAUUUUUGGAGGGGUACUUGACUUUUCUUAGAUUUUUUUUUUUUCCGUCGUAUUUACAGCUUUGUCUUUUUGUUCAGCUAGAUUUCUUCAACUUUGUCAUCCAGUUCUUCUAUUGAGUUUUUCAUUUUUUAUGUUAUGUUCUUAAUUUCUACUUUUUGGUUUUAGCCUGUAGUCUAUUUUUUUUUUAAGUAAACUCUGUGCCAACAUGGAUCUUGAACUCACAACCCCAAGGUCAAGAGUCUUAUGCUCUACUGUAUGAGCCAGCCAGGAACCCCUAGUAUUCUAUUAUUGACAUAUGAUUGUAUUAUCUUUUCUUAUCUGAGAAUAUUAAUUUUUUUGAAGUUUUUUUUCUUGCAUAGUCUUUGUGAGUUUUUUUGUUUAGGUUUGUUUUUUGGUUUGUUUUUGGUCUUUGUCUUCCAUGUGAGACUUGUCUCAGUUGUCCUUUUUUUCUUGCCUGGCUGUUGUGGAAAAUUAAGAAGUUGAUUAGAAUAUCUAAAUUUGUCAGCUUUUAAGCUUUUUAGGCUUUUCUGUGUGGGGUGGUUUUGAGAGCUCCCAAGACCUUACAGUCUUGUGUUUUGUGGUUUUUAAGUACACUCCGUUUUCAUUUUCUUAUGUGGAGAAUAAGGGUCUGAUUGGUAGCAUUCUGGAAGAUUAAUGGAAGAAAAGGACUAGGUGUCUCUGCAGCCAGCAUUUAGUCCCUCUCUUUUUGGUAUGCCACUCUCAUUUUUAACUGUGGAUGUUGCCUUCAUAGUUUUGCUAGGACUCUGGAGAGGAGGUAUUGAGUGGAAUGUGGUAAGGAUAUCGAUGGUAUCUUAUUGAUUUGCAAACAGCUUUCACUAGUAUUCCCUUUUUUAGUCAUACCAGCCUUACUGUUUGCUCCCUUCGUCCCAGUCGUCCUUGUUCUUUUAGUUGCUAUGUCUUUUGAAGUUGCCGCCAUGUAACUUAAAUUGGUUCUUGUCCCCAGUGAAGCAUGUACUAUGAUGUUUUGGGAACUGGUAAGUUAGUUACCAGUGGUUUUGCUUAUUUUCAUCUUUCCAAAUCUUUUUAGCUAUUUUCUUUUUUACUUUUCUCCUUGUUCCUAAGGAUUUAUGCUUUCAAAAACUACCUUCAUUGUAGUUUUAGUGGGCUUUGAGAGAGGGAAAUUACGGUGUUUUCAUUUCAUUGUCUUAAUACCAUUCUCAUGUUUAUUUUCUCUUUUAGCAUACGUAAGAUUGGUAAUAACAUGUAACUGAAGUAUAUUAGUUAAAUAAAAGUGUAUUUACUUUUUACUUGAUAUAGUGAAACCUGUUAUUUAGGUUCUAUGGAAUCUUCAAUAUUUUGCAUAUGUAAAAUCUUGUAAUAGUAUGGUAUAUGUUAUAUAAAAGGUUAUAGUAGUUAAUUACAGUUAUUCUCUUCCAGUUCUCUUUGUUGCUUGGGCAACCCAUAGCAAAUGGUCACAUUCUCUGCUCAUAAAAAUUUGAAAUUUUGGUACUCUUGUUUUACAUGAUUAAGACUGAAAUGAAAAAAUUAUGUGAAAAGUGCUAGUUUUUAUUUAGAAAGAGAUAAAACAUUGAGUAAUCAUGGAAAUGUUUACCUAAUAUUUGAAGUAGCUUUGAAAUGUGUUUGCUUUUACAAAUAAACAAUAAUUGGGUUCAUUAGGACUUAUCCUAUUUAAAGCAAAUUUCUUGUAUGACAUAAAAGUCAAGCUGUAUUCUUAGUAAAAUUUGAAAACGUAAAAGUAAAUAAUAUACCUAUGUUCCAUAAUUUUCUAUAGGCUUUUUUCAUAGUUCAGCUAUUCUGAGCACCUAGUAGAUCCUAUAAAAACACUAAAAACUGGACAAUGCUCUACAAAAGGUAUUUUUUCUAUGUUGAGUUUUAAGUACAGAGGUGUUUUACGACAAGGCUAAAAACUUGUUGACUCAUUAGUUGACUUCUUUUUCCUAGAAAGUAAGAUUUGAACUCCUGAAAAUGAACGUUUUAAAGAUGUAGAAUUUUCUGAGAUUUUUAUAGUAGAAAUGAAAACACUGGGAAUUAACUUCAGCUCAAUAUCCGUCUAUUGAACAAAUACUGUGUUUCACACUAUGGAAGUGAAUGGGAAAUGACAUAAGAUGUAAUUUCUGUCCUUUAGGAACUCAUGUAUAAAGAUAUAAGCAAUGAAAUGUGAUAAGUGUAAUGAUGGUAUGCACAAAAGAUCUUGAGAGAGAAAUUACAGCUGGCUUGGGGGAUGGGUAUUGUAAGGGGAAAAGAGAAUAAGUAAAAGAUUGUUACUGAUGAGAUAAUUUAGGUUGAAUCACGAGUAAGAUUUAUUGGGUGAACUAGGAUAGUUUCUUUAGGAUAGAGUGAAACAUAUGGGCAGUGGCAACAGUUAUCUGAAUAACAGUGUAAGUAUUUUUCUUUUCUGAACUAUUUUCAUGAUGUGUAGAAACAGAACCAAUGUAGGAAGAAAUGGGUGAUGGAAGUUCCAUGGGCUCAGACUGGGUGUAGUCUAGGAUGGAUUUCAGCUCUUAGCACUUUUGUGAAGUUACUUAAUCUUUGAGCCUGUUGUUUUCAGUCAUGAGUUGGAAGUAACAUAACCUCAUAGGAUUAGUGUGAGAAUUAAUUGAAAUGAUGCAUGUAAAACUCAUCUGAAGAUUUGAUCUAUAUUAACGUACUUCCCUACUGCUUUGUUUUCUAAAGUCUCAUGUGUGAAGUAGAUAAUCAGUAUAUUUAUUGUUUUUGUUUUUUUUUUAAUGUGCCUUGGGAUAAUAGAGAAAAUCUAGUACAUUGGUAGUUAAAUGAUUGUAUUGGCUGGAGGAGGAUUGGUACAAUGAGGGAAUGUAGAUUAUGUCUUUUAUUUUGAAGUCUAAAUUGGGUGAAAAGGAGUUGUUAUAGCUAAUAGUAAUAGCCAGCAACUUAGCUUGCUUCAAAAAGCUUAGACUGAGAAAAAAGUAGUCAGGAUUUACAUUGGAAAAGUAUUUGGCAAGACAGGGGAGGCUUGGGGAGGAGGGGAUGGGACAGGGUACAUUUGAGGGUGUGUUACAUAAUUUAAAUUUUUGUAGAACAGACUUCCAAAAGAAUCUGCUUCCUGAAUAUUAGAAGUUGCUCAUUCAACAGCUUUAAAAAUUUUGGCUAUUUUGUCUUGACAUUAACCUUAGUCACAUUUCAGUGCCACAGUAAUGUCUAUCCUGUUUGAAUCUUUCACAGUUUACCAGUCUCUUGAUUUUAGCAACUAGAUUUGAGCCAUCCUCAGAGAAUAUUAUUAUUAUUAUUAUUUUUUUUUUUUUUUUGAAGAAUUAAUCUGGCUUGGUUAAAUGUAACCUUUUUCCCCCAAUGUACUAUUUGAAGCAGUUUUUACGUACAUCGUCCAAUUUGACUAAUGGAGAAUAAGUAGGGAUCUUUUAAAAAGCUGAAUAGUUUUGUUUCAUUUUUAAACUUUUGUUAUGGGAAGAUUUAAAUAUAUACAGAAAUAAAAUGAAAUAAUCAACUCCAUGUGCCCAUCACUCAGCUUGAACAAUCAUCAACUUAUGGGGCCAAUCGCCUUUUGAAUAUAUCCCUUCUACCUCCCUGCACCCUUAAUGAAUUUUAAUAAAUCCCUACAUCUAGUGGUGGAUAGACACAAGAUCACAUAGGGCAGCUAGAUUUUAGGAAGCUUAACCAAGGAAAAGAGAAGGAAAAGGUGGAUUUCUUAGAUGAUGUGAGCUAUCUAUCAAGCACACAGGUUCUUUCUGUGCUCUUGUCCUUCACUUCUCUUGAUGGGUAGGUUACUGCCAAGACAGAUUUGUUGGGAUCUCGCUCAAAUUUGUCUUGUUUAUAUAUCCACUUUCUGACUGAAUUUUACCCCUUUGUUCUCCCUAUUUUCUUUUUUUCCUCCAGGGGUGUCUACAUUAUUUAUUUUUAUUUGUUUUUCACCCAUAUUAAAAUGUUGGGAGGUCUGUGGCAGGGCAUGAAAUUUAAUUUGCCCUGGGACCAAACACUCACCUGGAAAUGUCUUUGUGGCCAUCUGGACUACAAAAGAGAAGAAAUUGUUUUUAUCUUUAUAGCUGAUGACUCAAAAUAAGCUUUGUUGUCAUUGUAGCUCUAAUGACUCUAGUCUCUUCCCAGCGAUUACUUAAAAUUAUUGUCAAGAUUCAAAAAUUUGACUGCAAGCUUUAACCAUUCUGCUAGAUUUGAGUACUUUGGGGCUUAGAUUCUGUGGGGAAAAAGAGAAUAAUUAGCCUUCUAUAAAUGGAAAUUGACUAUCAGGAUUUAAACAACUUAAUUUUCCAGAAAUUUUAAAAAUUGGCACUCUUUUUGUGAUAAAAGUACUAUAAAAGACAAAAAAAAAAAAAAAGGGGGCCUUGAGAGGACUUUUUUUUUCUGGACUGAAAUGGAGGCUUUCUUUCAAGCGAAUUCCCUGAUGUUUGCUGUGUGUGAUUUGGCUCUAUCUCUGUAACUGCUAAUAUGUGGCAUGGACUUCAAGCUGUCUGGGAUCUGGAUGUGCCCAAAGUCUGUAUUGCAAGUCGGGGUGGAUUCGCAGGCAUUGUGUUACAAAACUGGCUUGCUGCCUUCUCUGUUUUCUGUGUCCUAAGCAGCUGCAUUGUUUGUUGCAGUAUAUGCAUUAGCUGUUGUCUGUGUUCAGUUUCCUGCAGGCUGAAAAAGUGGGAGGGGCUUUCUUUGAUACAUAGCUGAGUUUUCACUGUGUGAGUUCUUGAGUGCACAUUGCAGCCAUCUUAAUUACACUUUAGUGCAACUGAGACAGUGCAGCUGUCUCAAAAUGGCUGCUGACCUAGUCUUUGUAGCUGCUUAGGCAGCAACUAUGCCAGUGAGGAGACUUGGCACAUGCAUCAGGACCAGAGAUUCAAAAUGGAUAGUAUAGAAGAACCUCAGAAAAAAGUCUUCAAGGCUCGAAAAACAAUGAGAGUGAGUGAUCGUCAGCAGCUUGAAGCAGUGUACAAGGUCAAAGAGGAACUGUUGAAAGCUGAUGUCAAGCUAUUAAAUGGCAACCAUGAAAAUGGAGAUUUGGACCCAACUUCACCUUUGGAAAAUAUGGAUUAUAUUAUUGACAAGGAGGAGGUGAAUGGCAUUGAAGAGCUUUGUUUUGACCCUGAAAAAAGCAAAUCAGAAUGGAAAGAAACCUCCUGUACCUUAAAUGUUAAUGUAAAAAAUAAGCAGGAUGAUGACUUAAAGCAUGAACCUUUGUCUCCUAAUAAUAUAGCUCCUGAACUAGUCUGUAAACUGACUGCUGAACCAUCUUCUGAUGAGCCAGCCUCUGGUGAUCUGGCUAUGGGAGAUCCAGCUGAUGGAGAUUCAGCCCCUGAAGAUCUGGCCUCUGAAGUACUAACCUCUGGUGAUCCUGCCUCUGAUGAUCCCACUUCUGGUGAACCCACCUCUGGUGAUCUCACCUCUGGCGAUCCCACCUCUGGUGGAAUAGUCUCUGGUGAAACAGUCUCCAGUGAACCAUUCUGUGGUGACUUGGUCUCUGGUGAAUCAGUCCCUGGUGAAUCAGUCUCUGCUGAGCCAGUGUCUAGUGAUCCGGCCUCUGAUGAUUCAGCCUCUGGUAAUCUGUCCUCCGAAGCCCUGGCCUCUGAUGAUCCAGCCUCUAGUGAUCCGGCUUCUGGUGAUCCAGCCUCUGGUGAUCCAGCUUCUGGUGAUCUGCCCUCUGACGAACCCACUUCUGAUGAACUGACUUCUGAAUCAGCCUUUGAUCCUACCUUUGAACCAAGUUCUGUACCAGUUUGUGAAUCUGUUCCUGAAACUGACAUUACAGAGCCUAGUAGCAAUAAAGGUGGUGAUUUUCUUGAGAAAAAUAGUGAUGAUGAAAAGUUAGACCAAAUUUUCUCAUUUGACGAGAAAAAUAAGGCUGAUAGUAAUGUUGAUGGCGAUGAAGAAACUCUAGAAACAGAUGAUACAGUUAUUUGUUCAGAUCUACCUCCUGAAAAUGAAAAGAAGGUAAAGGAAGAUACUGUCACAGAACCUGCUCUUGGAGAGGAGGCUAUAUCUAGCAGUAUGGAAAUUGACCAAAGUGAAAAGAAUGAAAAUGAAAAUUCUGCAGACCUUUCAGAAACCAUUAGUGAAAAUGUUACAAAAGAUGAGAAAAAUGAGAUUAUCUUGGAAAACACAGAUUCUAUGGAGACAGAUGAAAUCAUUCCUAUUUUGGAAAAGCUUGCACCUGCCGAAGAUGAACUUACUUGCUUUUCUAAAACUUCUCUUCUUCCAAUUGAUGAGACAAAUCCAGAUUUGGAAGAGAAGAUGGAAGGUUCUUUUGGUUCACCAUCCAAACAAGAAAGUAGUGAGAGUUUGCCAAAAGAAGCCUUUUUGGUCCUUUCUGAUGAGGAGGAUAUUUCUGGUGAAAAAGAGGAGUCUGAAGUUGUACCACAAAAUGAAACAUGCUCUCCAGCAGAAGUAGAAACUGACGAAAAGGACAGCAAACCUGAGGAAGAAGAGAAAGUAAUAAAUGAAGAUGAAAGACCUUCUGAGAAAAGUGAAUUUUCCAGAAGAAAGCGUUCUAAGUCAGAGGACAUGGACAAUGUACAGUCCAAACGUCGUCGAUACAUGGAAGAAGAAUAUGAGGCAGAAUUUCAAGUGAAGAUUACAGCCAAGGGAGAUAUUAACCAGAAGCUACAAAAGGUUGUACAGUGGUUGCUAGAAGAAAAAUUGUGUGCGCUACAGUGUGCUGUAUUUGAUAAGACUUUGGCAGAAUUGAAAACACGAGUGGAAAAGAUUGAAUGCAACAAGAGACAUAAAACAGUUAUUACUGAACUACAGGCCAAGAUAGCAAGGUUAACCAAACGCUUUGGAGCAGCCAAAGAAGAUCUUAAGAAAAGACAAGAAAAUCCACCAAACCCACCUGUAUCACCAGGAAAGUCUGUGGUUGACGUCAACAGCAAUAAUAACAAUGUGCCAUACAGAAAUGCAGGCACAGUGAGACAGAUGCUGGAGUCCAAAAGGAAUGUAAGUGAGAGUGCACCAACAUCCUUUCCAACCCCUGUGAAUACAGUAUCUUCAACCAAUCUUGUCACUCCUCCAACAGUUGUCAGUAGUCAACCUAAGUUGCAGACUCCAGUUACUUCGGGUUCUCUGACAGCAACGUCAGUUCUUCCUGCACCCAACACAGCUACAGUAGUUGCUACUACUCAGGUGCCUAGUGGAAAUCCCCAACCUACAAUCUCUUUACAACCUUUACCAGUGAUUUUGCAUGUACCUGUUGCGGUAUCCUCCCAGCCUCAACUCCUACAGAGCCAUCCAGGGACUUUAGUGACCAAUCAACCAUCUGGCAACGUUGAGUUCAUUUCUGUACAAAGCCCACCUACUGUGAGUGGUCUCACCAAAAAUCCAGUAUCCUUGCCAGCCUUGCCAAACCCCUCUAAACCAAACAAUGUUCCUUCUGUGGCCAGUCCUAGUAUUCAAAGGAACUCUCCUGCCAGUGCUGCAACCUUAGGAACAACACUUGCUGUACAGGCUGUUCCAACAGCACACUCUAUUGUACAAGCCACAAGGACUUCUUUACCUACAGUAGGCCCAUCGGGACUCUAUAGUCCAUCAAAUAAUCGAGGGCCUAUACAGAUGAAAAUUCCAAUUUCUGCUUUUAGUACUUCGUCUCCUGCAGAACAGAGCAGCACUACUACCCCAAGAAUUGAAAACCAGACAAACAAAACAAUAGAUGCUUCUGUUAAUAAGAAAGCAGCUGAUAGCACAUCACAGAGUGGAAAAGCCACAGGCAGUGAUUCAGGUGGUGUCAUUGAUCUCACAAUGGAUGAUGAAGAGAGUGGAGCUUCACAAGACCCGAAAAAGCCAAAUCAUACCCCUGUGUCAACCGUGGGUUCUUCUCAGCCUGUGUCUCGACCAUUGCAACCCAUCCAGCCAGCACCACCUCUUCAACCAUCUGGGGUGCCAACAAGUGGACCAUCACAGACAACCAUACAUUUACUACCUACAGCUCCAACCACCGUGAAUGUAACACAUCGUCCAGUAACUCAGGUGACCACAAGACUCCCUGUGCCGAGAGCGCCUGCAAACCACCAAGUGGUUUAUACAACCCUCCCAGCACCACCAGCUCAGGCUCCCCUGCGAGGAACUGUUAUGCAGGCUCCUGCUGUUCGGCAGGUCAAUCCCCAAAACAGUGUCACAGUUCGAGUGCCUCAAGCAACUACAUAUGUUGUAAACAAUGGACUAACCCUGGGAUCAACAGGACCUCAGCUCACAGUGCAUCACCGACCACCACAAGUGCAUACUGAAACCCCCCGCCCUGUGCACCCAGCACCCUUACCAGAAGCCCCACAGCCACAGCGUCUGCCCCCAGAAGCUGCCAGCACAUCUCUGCCUCAGAAGCCACACUUGAAGUUAGCACGAGUUCAGAGUCAAAACGGCAUUGUACUGUCAUGGAGUGUCCUGGAGGUAGAUCGAAGCUGUGCCACUGUGGACAGCUAUCAUCUCUAUGCUUACCAUGAGGAACCCAGUGCCACUGUGCCCUCACAAUGGAAAAAGAUUGGAGAAGUAAAGGCACUUCCCUUGCCCAUGGCAUGCACUCUCACCCAGUUUGUAUCUGGCAGCAAAUACUACUUUGCAGUACGAGCCAAGGAUAUUUAUGGACGUUUUGGACCUUUCUGUGAUCCUCAGUCAACAGAUGUGAUCUCUUCUUCCCAGAGCAGUUAAACCUUGGAGCCUCUAUCUCUUCCUCUUUCUGACUUCCAGUUUUUGGUCUUGUUUUAAUCUUGUGCAUGAUAUCCAUUGUAAAAUCCACAUUGUGCAAGAUUUCUUGGACAGCUGUGUAUAUACACUACAUUUGUUUAUAAUCAGAAGUAAAAUAAACAGCCCAUAAAGCAAGAAUCUUCUCCUGGACAAUUGAAGCUUCAAGGUUCUGAAAUGUAAAUGUGCACCUUGCUUUAGUUUUAAGGCUGGGGAAUAUGUGUGGGUGUUUAUGUGUGUUUUUCCCUAUUUAUAUGUUUACUGCGGUGGAACCUCCUAUUUCCAUUCUCAAUUUUACCUCUCUUCAGGUAUUAAGUAAGUAGAUCGAGGGAUCAGAAGUAUGGUAUGUAACUGGCACGAUUCUACUUCUAAGGGAUCUGUAGUUCAUGGUUAAAUGAUUUUAACUGAAUCUGAACAAAACCCAAAGAAAGAAAGAAAAAGAAAAAUGGUGAAAUAGUUUAAAAUAGGUUCAUUUGAACACAGGAAAGGAUCUGUCUUUUUUCUUUUGUUGGUUGUUCAUUAGGUAAAAAAGAUCUGCAGUGGCCCCUCUCUUUCCUAAUCUGGCUCUUACAUUUAUUUUGUGCCUUAGAGAUUAACUACAAAAAUAAACAUGACCAUUUGUCCAUUGUUGAUCUUCUCUUUCAGGCUUUUGCCCUUCAUUUCUCCUUCAUCUCCACUAAAUAUAGCACACCUCCUCUCAAGUCACUUUUAAACCAAUCCUUUUAGGUAUGUUGUUAUCAGUGGCAUCACUACAUUUAACUCUCCAAAUUUGACUUGCUCUUUUCUUCUAAUAAUGUAAGUGCUUUUAUCUUUGGUCACUAUUUAAAUUAACUGUGUAAAAUGGACCAAGAAAGACCAUAUUAUGUAAGAAAAUUGUUUUUCAAACAUAUGUUAGGAUUUAUGUUGCAUACUGUGUUAGAGAUUAUAAAAGCAGUGUUAGUUCUCUUUAUCACUCAAAGCAUAGUAUUCUUUCAAAUGUAGUAAAGAAUAAAAUUCACAAAGUACAGUGAACUAAAAUAUCAAAGGGAAAGCUUUAUUUCCUUAUUGUCAUAUCAUUCUGUUUUAACCUUUUAACUUUAUUUUGAUGGUGCCAAGUUUUGUCUGAUUUACCCUCUGUCAGCUUUAGAUAGGAUUUGGGGUUAUUUUAUUUAACAGGUAUAACUUUCUGUGUGUCUCUGUUCCUGUUCAAAGUUAAUCAAAUUCAUUUUAGGUCCUGGACUUUCAGUAUGAGUGCCAGCUCUCCUGGUUUCAGGUAGGUGUUCGAGGGUAGAUAGUUUAGGGCAGGAGAAAAGGGGUAAGUUUGGGGAUGAGAGAGAAUGAUUGGGAAUAGUGUGAAAGGAAUUCAUGGAGUUUGUGAAAUAGUUUUUCAAGUCAUCUUCCUUUACCUUAUUUAAAUUCCUACCUUCUCAAAAUAAAUUCAUCUUUAGUUUUCCCUGGAAUUAUAGGAGGGAGCUAUUCCUUCUGUGAAUGCUGCUUUGUUUGCAACUUUGAUGGCUUGUAAUGAGAAGCAUUCUAGUUGUAAAACUCUCAUUAGAGACUUUCACCGGUCAGUGUACUGUCACAUUAGGUGUGAAGUUUGAUGCUGAAGAAAGUCUACAGAUUGCCAAAAUUGUAAAUGUUCCAAAACCUUCCUUUCACUUUCAGAAAAUGAGACCACAAUGAGAAUUAAAGUUUUUAUCAAUCAGAUUUGCCAAGCAUGUAGAUGUUACUCAUUCUAGGACUGAUGGUGGUAAGGAAGUUGCGUGUCAUGCCAAUCAAAAUUCUGAAAGGGAGAAUUUGAUGACCUUCUAGAUGUGUAUGAACACCUAUCUAUAUCUGCAUGUAUAUAUGUUUUUACCUGCAAUGGUUGCAUUGUUGAUUAUGUGAUCAAGAUCAUUCCUGUCUGCAGAAUGGAAGGCCCGUGUUCAAAAUUGUUCUUUAUUGGCCGGUUUAUGGUCAUGUGAUGACAAUUUGCCCUAGCCUAGAAAAGCUUCCCUUGGUGAAUGUUUUUAUUUAUAUUCACUAAUCUUUUUUUUUUUUUUUUAAAGCUUUCAUAGCAUUAUGUAAUCAGGCAAAAAAGCCCAGUAGAAUGAAAGUAUUUUAGCCUAUAUUGUGUGUUUUCUGUCAAAGGAAGAAAUAAUAAAUUACCAAAUAGUAACCCUAAAAAUAUAUUUACUAUAGCAAAAUCAAACUUUUUAUUCCAGAAGGUGGAAGGAAGGAAGCUACAAAGAGAGACUGUAAUUAUUUGAGGAAAGCGUUUAUUAUGAGAUGCUUUCCUCAGAUUAGCCUGCCAUGGGAUUUAUAGGCAACAUCUAUAUUGAAUUUACUGAAAAAUGCUAGGCUUAGAACUGUUGGCUUUUAUUUUGGGCAGGUUUUAAUGUUGAUGAGCUGACUUUCUGUUUGGUUCAUUUCUUUUGGGAGAAAGAAUGGAAGACUCAACUAGAAAUAGCUACUGAUUACAGACCAUAUUGUAGCAAUUCACACUCCAUGGUACCUUUUUUAUUUCAUGGUACCUUUUCACAAAGUAUUACAGAUAAGUUUGAUUAUCCCAUUUUGGGAAUGCAAGUUUGCUGCAUUUGUAGCUGGACAAUACUUGUCCAAGUGCUGCCUUAUUGGAAAUUCUGAAAACUUCUGAUAUAUUGACCUGAAAUGUAGGGUGUUCAUAUGGCUUUUAAAAAGUAAGUGAUGUUUGUUACUCUCUGUUUUGCACUUUGUCAGAGUAACUUUCACCCUGUUUUAAGUGUAAGCCUCAUUUAAAAAUUAUGUUCUUGCCAGUAAAUUUAUAAAUUACAAAGACAACAUCUGUUGUUAGCUGUUAACUUUAUGAGGUAACUAUAUCCCUGUUUCUUUGGACUCACUUUAAAAUAUGCAGAAUACUGUUUAACACAGUAGACGUUUAUGAGAGAAGUGAGGACAUACAGCUUUCUUCCUUGAAAAGUAUUUAUUGGGAUGUCAUUUGCCUCACAGAGAGUGUUCCCCACUCACCCUACCCCGAUUGCUGGAUAAUAAAUAAAAGGUUUAAAUGAAAAACGUGACCUAAAGCAAGGAGCUUAGAAUCUUUGGUACAUGUCUGCAAAUUCCUUAGAUGGGCUGCACUAUACAGUUCUCUUACUGUAUUGGGAAAGUGUUAACUUAGUUUUUGUCGUUUGCUCUUUUGCUUACAUUUUCCAAAUUAUCAUUUAUGCAGCCAGGUGAAUGUUAAUAUUGCAUGAUAUGCACUUAUCUUGUUCCACGAAUUUUCCAGUACUGUACAAAAUUAACAAAAUAAUGCCUGUGGUAUCUUAUCUUACUUUGAUAUUUGAUACACUGUGAUUUUAGCACAGUAGAGUACUGAAAAGACCUUCCAAGUGUUCUCCCCAACUUUCCUUCUUGGGCUGUUUCAGUAUCAUAUGAGUUAUUUGUUAUUUUAAUUCCAUCAUUGACCAGUCAUUGGCCUAUUUUAUUCUAAUUUCCAGAAAAAACCAUGCCCCAAAUUUGGAUUGUUGGAAAUAAGUCUCUCUAAAAGCAAUGUAUGAUUUUGCCUUCCUUACUAUUUACUGGGUGGGUGAUGCCCCUCUCCCACUUUUUAAAAUUUUUGGACAAACAAAAAGAACAGGUGUUUUGUUAGUGUGACAGACAUAGAUCUAAUUCCUAAAACAUAUUCCCCUUGAGCCAGCCAAUGGGGAGGAAAGGAUGAUAAAACACACGUUUUGUCUUCUCAUCUUUCAGAUAGUUUUAUCAUGUUACGUAAGUUUAUUUUUUUUUUUGUUUUUUUUUUGUUUUUUUAAUUUGUAGAGUCAGCUAAGUACCCAUCAUUUAUGUUUAAAUGCUGAGGGGGGGGGUUUGUUUUUGUUUUGUUUUGUUUUUGGUUUUUGGGUUUUUUUUUAGUUUUUGUACAUAAGGUAACUGGGCAAUCAAACACCUUUUGGGGAUCCUGGCUUUAUUAUUUUCUCAGCCAUUUCAAAAUUAAAUAUAAAAGUAGAUCUUUUGUAGGAAACUUGCAUCCUGAUUUUUCUUUAUUGCAGGUGAAAGUGUAAAUAGUAAGACAAUGUUUAAGACCUUCCUAAUGUCUAAUAUAAACUGGGCUAUAGCAAGUUGCCCUAUUUUUAUUAGGUUUUGAAGGUUUUUGUGGUUUUUUUUUUCUUUUUUAAAUGUACAGUAGAGUGGUGUCUGUAUAAGUGUUAACUGUAGUGGGAUUUUGUCCAGCAAGCCUGACAUUUAUACUUUGAAAUAAACUACUGGGUUUUUAACAUUCUGAGUAUUCUGAUUCAUUGUAAUUAUUCUCAGCCCUUGUGUUGCUUUUGGAAGUUCUCACCUUAUUAAGAAUCACCCAUUAUACUGUGUAAUAUUGUUUAUUUAACCUACUUGGCAAUAUUUCAUCACUCAAACCGCAUACAGUUCUCUAGCUUUGAAAGAAAAAUUGCUCUAUACAGUUUUGCUCCCAGAUUAGAUAUGCUGCUUUUAACUAGUGGGAGACAACAUUAAGGUCUGUGUGCUUAGUCUGCACCAUGAAGAAUCAGCUGGUGCUUAUUAAUGAUCAGAAAAAUCACUAACUGCAUUUCCAUUAGAGGUUCCUUUGAAAACGCAGUUCCACCAUCCCCUAGGGCUUUGCCCUUAAGUAUAUCCAGCCAGGGGAAGGAGAAAGAGCAUGGAAGAGUACAGGUUUUUAGGGGCCGAGCCCAGAAGUGACACUAAUUUUGGACUCCUUUGGCAAGAACCCUGUCACACGGCACAACUAUCUAGGGGAACCUGGGUGAUGUGUUCUGUGUGGCCAGGCAUAAAAGGAGAAUAUGGAUCUGGCUGAGCAGUUUCUGCCAUACCGUCCUGUAUAUAAACUUGUAUGCUGAAGCCAGUUAGUUAUCUUCUAGAAUAUUUCCUCUACACUCUGUCACCCUAUAGUGAAUGUUUGUUGUCAAAACCUACAAAAUCAAUAGUAGAAAAUAAAAGUGACAGACUGAAUUUAAUAUAUUUUAUUAAGAUUAAUUCUGAAUGGAAAAAACAUAGCUAAAAUAGUGCCUUUGGAAUCUUAUUUGCGACCUUCUAUUCCCUUCUGUUCCCUCAAAUCCCUCCUUCAUUUUAUGUCCUGUUUCAAAAUUGGUUUCAUGAUAAUAAAAUCAAAGUUGUAGGUCUCUGGCAUGCCCUGGUGGAGAGUUUUGUUGAAACGGUUCCAGUGAAAAACAGGGAGGCCAUCUUGUACUGUGGGACCACUAAUGGCAUGGGCUGUGUACGCUGAUGCUAGGUAGAUAUCGGCCACCUGGAAAGGGAAAGGAGAGGGACAUUUUAGAAAAAACCAUUUGGAAAAAAAUUCACUAAAUCCCCGUUUUUUCCCUUUUUUUUUGUUUUUGUCCUUUUUUUCCAAAGUCACAAUAUUAGCCCCCCUUUUAAAACAAAAUCUUGCAAGCUCCCACAAUAUGCUCUUCCAUAACCAUUUGGCGUUCCAAUGUGAAUUGAGCAGAAGUGCAUUAGGUUAACGUAGCCAAAAGUGUGAGGUCUGGAGUCAAAGUGCUCAUAUUCAGAAUUCUAGCUCCAAAACUUAUUUUAAAAUAACCACUAUUUCGCUCAGUUUUCUCAUUUGCAAAAGGGUAAUAACCCAACUUCUUGGAGGGGUUGUCAGAAGGAGUUAGGGAGCAGUUUAUAUGAAGCAGAAUGUAGGCUUCAAUAAAAGUUGUUAUUAGGGCAGUAACGAGUUUUAAAGUAGAAGGAACUCUAUUAAAAUAGGAGGUCUGUGGUUCUCAAAAGCACCUAAACAUUGGAUAGCACCAGAUCUUAACCUUAGAGAAAAAGGAAGAACAUGUCUCCUAACUUCUGAUUUUCCACGUAUUCAAAAUGGCUCAAGAAAAAUGCUAAUAAAUUAAGUAUAUCCUUUAGCAGAAACUCUUCUGAUGAAAAUCGGCAGACUCCUCUCUCCAGAGGAAAGUAAAUUUGGCAGAUGGAGGCUUGGCUUGGGUUCUCUCAGGCAAGGCAGCAGACAUGAUUCUCUUUGUGUAUUCGGGAAUGGCUAGAACACUUCUUGCACACUUUACUGAAUGUUUGCAAAUACCAUUAAAAAGAAAUAAACAUUCACUGGGGUUUCAUGUGUGCCAGGCUCUCUAUACCCACUAAUUUUUUUUUAACUUUACACAACAUAUUUACUUUACACAUUAAGACUAGAGCUUUCCUGUAGCCAAAAAAUAGCUUGAGUAGGAACGAGACUACUCUGAAGCCUAUGAGGCAAGUACUAUUAUUAUGCCCAUCUUCCAGAUAGGGAAACAAGCAUUACAAGAUCGUGGAAUUUACUAUUAUUUGGCAGAGGAGGGCCUUGAAGUUAGGCGAUGGGACCUACUAUCAGAAUCUCUUAAAAAGCUGACUCCUGAACUGACUUUAUGGUCAGAGACAGUAUUGUGCUUUACGCCGCAGAAAUCCCUGCAGCUUUGCCUUUGAAUAGGUUUAUGUGCUUGUGAAAAUUAAAUUCAAAAGCCAAUAAGCAUGUUACCUUCGUGUCAUAGCAACCUCCAGGACUUGGGUUAAGUGAGUUCAGGUCCUCACGGCAGCAGAUGGUAUUGCAGGGAUCGCCCUUACUGUAAGGAUCCUUCUUAUAAUCUAGAAAACAGUGAUGGGGAAAAGGGUGAGUACUGGCUAUUCGGAGAUACACCUACCCCCCUGGUAAGCUUUUUGGACCUGCUGAAGUAUAUAGAUGAUCAGAGAGUAUACCCCAGUGGCCUCUUUGACCUAGUCUGCUCUCAAGAAACUUGCACGGUGAAGAGUUGACAGAAGAGAGGUAAUAAAGGAGAAAUGUGCAUCAAUGUUUUUCUACAAAAUAAAUACAAAUUUGAUGCUGUUCAUCACAAAUAAAGUAUUCAUGAAUAAUUUUUGUUUUAUUAGCUGCUUUUGUCCUUGGAAGAAAACCUGGGUUAGGGUUGGUGGGGGGGUGGUAAAAAGAAAGUACACUGUAUGAGUUAUUCUGUGUUUUACAUAUUUUUCCCAGUUAAAAAAACAUGUAGAAUCUUUUUCCCUGUCAUUUUAUAAAAUAGGACAAAAUUCUAUUUGUUCAGAAUAAAAUAUGUAUAUUAUUGAUUGAAUACUGAAUACUUAACUUCUUAUAAUUCCUUCUAGUACAGAGAUGGAUUCUUUACGUGGGGAAACUUACAUGGAUUCUUUAUCCCUUUGGAAGAAAAGGAGUUUUGAAGAAUGAUUCUUGAGAAAUGUGCUACGUACUGUUGUAUCGCAUGAUAUAUUUCAUGGAUGCCAUAUCAGUCACUUUCCCUUGGUCACGCCGGAAGAUUUUGGCUCGUGAAGCCAUAUCAUAGGAGUACUCCAAACCCAGCUUCUGAACUAACAUUGGAUAGCCACUCCAGUUGUAGAUUUUUUCAUGGAAAGGAAUGUUGUAGGAGGGCCAAUAUCCUGAUUUGGAAUGGAAAGGAAGCAGGGAGACAGAAAAGAGAGAUGGGACAAAAUAGAUGUUAUUAACGAUAGUUUCUUUUGAAAAUUGGCACAGGUGUGUGAUUAAAAAAUGAUAUUAUAAAGAAAAUUAAGCUUUGAAUGUGAACACUGGCCUUCACACUGGAUCCUUUUAAAUUUACAGAAUCAGUACACUUCUAGAUUGUUCCAUUAGGGAAAGAAGAGCAUCAGAAUUCUUUGUUUCUCACUCAAAAUUCUUAAAGCAAUCUGUUAACCAGAAAAUAACUUUAUUAUCUAUAGAGCAAAAUGAAGCAUAACACAGAGUGGUCUGGGGGAAUUGGUUUAAGUUGGUUUAAGUUAGUUACUGAAAUGCCAAAAGAUGGUUUCACAAUGUGGCCCCACCAGGGAACAGGCCAGAUGCUAAUCAUGGGAUAGUGGAAGAACACAGUACCUAGAGUUGAGGAAACCUGAAUUCUAGGCUCAGGGCUGACUCUCUAGGUCUUAGGCAGUUAACAUCACUUUAUUUUCUUUUUUAACAGGGAGAGGGAAAGGAAGAAUCCAUGGUUCAAAGAGACUAGAGAUGAUCUUUAAGGUUCCAGUGGGUUUUAACUUCCUUGUAAGCAUUCAUUAAGGCUUAGCUUCAUUCAGAACUUCAUAAUGUGCCAAGACCACAGAGCCCAUUAGUCACGAAGCAUCAAACAUGUGACACAGCUCUGGUACAAUCAAUAUUUCAGGAACAUCCCAUAUUACAAUGGCCUGGGCUACUGUCCAUAGGACAGUCAGUCAACACAGGGACUCCUCCAUCGUUCAGGGGCUAACCUCCCACCCUCAUAUUGUCUUGGCAUUGGUUUGCCUUUCUCCUUUUUUUUUUUUUUUUUUUUACUGUUUUA